AUGAAUGCUCUUUCCGGCAGCAAUGUACAUCUGAACAUUCCUACGUUUGAACUUAAAAAAUACAAAGAACUCACCUGGGGUUAUGGCAAUCAGAAGAUUGUAGAAUGGGAUUUGAACUCAAAGGAAAAACCUGAAUACUUCAAAAACAUCAAUGAGAAAAAGUACCCCCUUGAAAGCAAUGGCAUACUGACCAUCUGUAAUGUCACAGCAAAGGACAGCAAUACCUAUUACCUGAAAGCUGUGAGGCAAAAUGGAAGCGAGUGGAGCUAUUUUAUCCGAUUGCUGGUACAUGAUCCUCUAUCCAAGCCUGUCAUAAAAGUCAAGACAAGAAAGGAAGUGAAAUCACAAGAGAGCUGUUAUGUGAAACUAUUGUGUGAUACCUCAGAUGAAUCUAUAAACUACACCUGGUACAGGGACUCAGGACCUCUUCCACAGAAGCUUCAGAACAAUACACUUGAAAUUACCCAUUAUCCAAAAAAUUUCUCCAAGUUUUAUACCUGCCAAGUCAGCAACUCCAUGAGCAAUAAUAAUGAUACUGUCUACUUCAUUUCACCUUGUGUUCUAGCCCAAUCCUCUGGAGUAGCUUGGAUUGCAACGGGGCUAGUGAUAAUGGUACCUGUCAUUUAUACCCUCCUACUUAUGUGA